AUGGCGAUGCAAUUUCAGGCCCAGACUUACUUCCCUUAUGGGCAACCUCAGUGGCCCGAGGACGUCAAACCCGCUCUCACCGAAGACGAUUCCUCCUCGAUCCUCGACGACAAGGUCUUUGAAUCCUCGACACCAGCCGAUAUGACAGCUGCCGAUGCCUCGGACAAUCGACGUCCUUCAGUCACGAAGAUGGAGGACGAUUAUCCUGCAUCUGCCCAUGUCUGGCAGGAGCGGCCCCAUGGUGUCAUGGGACCCGUCCGCCAUUACUCGCAGCCCUCACUCCCAAUGUCCAAUCCCCAUGGCCAGUUUUUCAGUCAGAUGAACGCUGCAAACUGCGGUCCCGGGUUCAUGCCAAACCAACCGUGGACCUUGUCGGGACGGUCUGAAGCGAGCACUCCAACCCCCUUCUUUGGUCCGGUACAAGAGCCAUUUGAGCAGCAGGUUCAAUACACCGGGGGACCUGUCACCUUUUCGGGUUUCUCGCAGCAAGACCCCGCCUCUGCCGUUUCCAUGUCGCCGCAGUCCAGCCAAGGUGGAUGGGCUUCGACUACUUCAUCCGAUGCGGCCGAGACAAAUCGUAUUCUACGACACAGAUACAGACCUGCAUCCCCAUUGCUGGUACUGAGGUCGGAUGGUAUCAGGAAGAAGAACGCCAAAUUCGAGAUUCCUCCCGAACGAAACAUCAACACCAUCGACGCCUUGAUCAAUCAAGCCACAAACGAGGAAGAGAAGAAGGAGCUCAAACAGCAGAAACGGCUGCUGCGAAAUCGGCAAGCGGCACUGGAUUCUCGCAUGCGCAAGAAGCAAAAUGCCGAGAAGUUGGAGGCAGACAAGAAACUUCUGAUUAGCCAGAAGAACGAGCUGGAGGACACCAUCGGCCAUUUCGAGAACGUCCUCAACCAUGAAAGACAACAAUGGAUACUUGAACGUCAGCGACUCGAGGAGUGCAUUGCAGAGCUGAAGUAUCAGAAUGAGGAGCUCAUUCGGACGUCGACCUUGGAGACCGGCGAGCUUCGACGAAUGAACACCAUCUUGAGGGACACCGUCAGGGAACUUGAACGCAACCAACACGCUCGUGCCUUCUCGACCAACGCAUCCGACGCCUUCUCCAACGACUUUUCGAAUUUCAAGGAUCUCGGUCUGGAGGACCAGUGGAACGACGAGUUUGGCUUGAUGAGCAAUGAAGACUUGAAGAUGGAAGAAUCGGAGUCCUUGCAGCGACAAGCCACACCAAGACCCAACACUUCGUCGGCUCAGCCAAACGCCAUCACCAAGUCUGAUGUCAAGGUCGACGCCACUUUCAGCUGGGAGACGUUUUACAUGUGCUUACUAUCCGGGGCCUUCAUCAUGUCGCAAGCCGGUUCAAGAGCAGCGAGUGCAGCGUCCUCUGUUGCGGUUGUAGCACCCAACAUGCCCGCUCUAUCCGACGAAUAUCGUGCUGAAGCUGGCAAUGUUCUCCAGGCAGUCCUUGCUUCUGGUCCCGAGGGAACCCACGAGGUCCUUCCUAGCCGGCCCGCUCCCUCGCUAGAAAACAACGGUUUUCCCCACGCACUUUCGGAUGUGUCUGAGAUGACCCCUCAGCCUUCCGACACUCCACUCGGCAAUCUCCACGCGUCCCUCACCACUCCAUCUCGCCAGCAACAAGCUGCAGCUGCAUUCUCCCUCUCUGCCGCCUCUUACAACCACAUUAGUAGUCCCGACUGCGCUUUCGACGACGAUGACGAUGUUGUCGAAGUGAAACCAACGCGACUGCAACAGCUGUUUGCAGAUAUGAAAGCUGAAAGGGACGGUUUUGAGAAAAUGAGUGGCCUUGGCGGCAAAGCCCGAGAGCGCAGUGUGCUCCUCGAUCGAGUUCCAGAGAAAGUCCUACGAGAUUUCCGAGAAAUGAUUGCCAGGGUCGAGUGA